UAAUCAGAUUUGAUCUUCCUGUUGGGGCAGGCAAAUGAAUCUCAGCUGAGUGAAGAAGGUGCUUUGAAGUAUUUCAGCACUAAACUUGACCUAAUUUAGAGGUGGGUGCAGUAAAGAAAGCUCAGUGGUUAUGGAACCUGCCCUCUGUUAUCCAGGGGAGCUGAUCAUCUGCUGGAGUGGACUCUGACCUACCCAGAAGCCACAAGUAAUUGUCAUCAGCGCGUGCAUGUUAAAACCGCCAAAGGAGGUCUGGGUUAACCUCUAUGUGAGAUGACAGCAAGUCUUAUUCAGUGCCUCCAGGGACUGAAAAAGCUUGCAUGACAAGGAGCAGAGUAGGAACCAUUUAGGAAGGCGGCAUCUUCUGCAAACUUUCUUCAGACCAAUCCGGCUGCACCAUGACCCUGCUCAUCCACAUGCUGGCCUGUGCCUUUGGCCUGGGUUCGUGGGUGGCAGUGAACGGUCUGUGGGUAGAGCUCCCGCUCAUCGUCAACACUCUCCCAGAGGGCUGGGAUCUCCCCUCCUACCUGACGGUCAUCAUCCAGCUGGCCAACCUGGGACCUCUGUUGGUCACCCUCAUGUACAAACUGUGCCCAGGUCGUCUCAAAGAGCGCAUUGCCAUUUACUCAAUCCUCGCCAUUGGCAUCGUCUCCUGCAUACUGCUUGCCCUAUUCUGGGACAAGACUACAACAGUGGCCGGGGCGUCACAUAGCACCGCCUUCUUCAUCAUCACCUUCUUCCUCUCUCUGGUGGACUGCACCUCCUCAGUUACCUUCCUGCCUUUUAUGAUGCAGCUUCCAGCAAAAUACAUCACAACAUACUUUAUUGGAGAGGGGCUAAGUGGUUUCAUCCCAGGCAUAGUCGCUCUGGGACAAAGUGUCGGCAUUGCCAAAUGUGUCAACUCCUCCCAAACCGCAGGAAACCAGACAGGCGGGGACACGUGGUCAUUACAUACAGAGUAUCUUCCUCCAAACUUUUCCACCGAGGUGUUUUUCUUCCUUCUAGCAGCCAUGAUGUGCAUAAGUCUGGCUGCUUUUUUUGCACUGAACAGGCUUUCUCGGACAUUCACGCUGUCCAGUGAAAACCUGGUGCAAGACACCGUUGCGUCCGUCAGCUCCGGCCUGGAGAACCCUGGAGCGGGGACUGAUGGAGAGGGUGUAAAAUGCCAGGGUGAGGGGGCAACCCAGAGCAAGCUUCUGCUGGCUGGCCCAAAACACUCUGUGUACCAGCUGACCUUCAUCUACUUUAUGGUGGUGUGGGUUAAUGGUGCAACCAACGGCGUGCUGCCCUCUGUGCAGACGUAUUCCUGUAAGCCCUACGGGAACCUGGCCUAUCACCUCUCUGCUGCUCUGGCAUCAGUGGCCAACCCACUGGCUUGCACCAUUGCAAUGUUCUUCAAAAACAGGUCACUGGUGUUUCUUGGCAUGCUGACAGCGUUGGGGACAGGAUUUGGCAGCUAUAACAUGGCUAUGGCAGCUAUGAGUCCAUGUCCUUUGCUUCAGGGGUCUGUGGUGGGAGAGAUGAUCAUUGUGCUCUCAUGGCUCUUCUUUACUGGAACGCUGUCUUACGUCAAAGUCAUGGUGGGUGUCAUUCUGAGAGACCAGAGCCACAGCGCCUUGGUCUGGUGCGGAGCUGCAGCACAGAUCGGCUCGCUAGUCGGCUCGCUCACAAUGUUCCCGCUGGUUAACAUCUACAAGCUGUUUAAGUCAGGGAACUUCUGCAGCACUACAUGUCCUUCAUGACAGUGAAUCUGAGAACUGUGCUACAGUGCGUAUUGCACUAGAAGUGGGAGCCUAUUAGAUUAGUGUAGCAUAAAAACUGGAAGAAACCACUAGUCUCACUAAUUAACCUGUCUAUCUUGUUGAAUUCAUGCAAAAAUCCAGAUGUAAAAAGGUUGGAAUUUUACAGUGAGUUUUUAACUUUCUUGGCGAUCAUUGCAGUUGGAGUGUUGUUUAUUGUACGGGUAUAAUAAAGUAAAACACGAUUAAGCUUUUGUGCAUAACUUUCUGAUAUUAAUAAAUGUCACAAACAUCACGUUACAUUCAAGCAAUUGCCAAGUUGAUACAAAGCUAAUAAAGACUAUCAGCUCCACACAACUCUCUCUCUGUAUUUCUCAGUAUGGCUAUGUUUAGAAGAUU